GACGACUAUAGUGGUUUGUAGUCUGGUUGUCUGUCACUUGUCUUAUUUUGUUGCGGUUUUCAAUCGAUUGGGAUUUACGUUUGUUUUUAUUUUUAUGAACAAUUAGUAAAAAUAAAUGGGAUAAAUAGUAUUUAUCUCCCAUAAAAAACAUGGCUUCGUCUAGCAAAUUGCCGGGCACGGGAUUGGAGGAGGUUGGAGUGCCUGGACAAGCGUUUUUACGCGACGCUCUUACAAGUUGCACCGAUCCUCUGAAAGCUAUUGAGGAAUUUCAACUUGAAAAUGGGAUUCUACUACCUUCGUUACGACCUAUGUUGCCUCUAUUAGAUCUCCACGGUGUCCGACGACUGGACUUUCAUACAUCGGUUCUAGAAGAACUCAGAGAAAAACUCAUAGCACACAUAAACGAAUUAGGAUCGAAAGAAAAUAAAGAACAUGAUAAGAAGCUAAAGGAGCUAUUGGCGAAAAGCUUCCCUGUUGUUCGGGUGAAGGCCUUAAGGCCUGUUAUUAUGAGUAUAUUAAAAAAUACACCUCAUAUUGAUGACAAGUUUCUGAGAGUUCUAGUGAGAGAUAGGGAACUAUAUAAUGAUACAGAUACUGAAGUAAAGAGGCAAAUUUGGCAAGAUAACCAGUCCUUAUUUGGUGAUGAGGUAUCUCCUUUACUCAGCCAGUACAUUAGAGAGAAAGAAAAUGUAUUGUUUGAUCAUGAAAACCUGAAUAACUUAUUUUUUUCACCAUCACCCAAAGUGCGACGACAAGGUGCAGUAGUACAGAAACUAGCCCACAUGAUUGGUAACAGUGUAAAACUGUAUGACAUGGUAUUGCAAUUUUUAAGAACACUAUUUUUGAGAACAAGAAAUGUUCACUACUGCACAUUAAGAGCAGAAUUAUUAAUGGCUCUACAUGACUUGGAGAUCCAAGAUAUUAUAUCAGUAGACCCAUGUCACAAGUUUACAUGGUGUCUAGAUGCUUGUAUAAGAGAAAGGAAUGUUGAUAUAAAGAGAUCAAGGGAACUACAAGGCUUUUUGGACAGUAUUAAACGGGGACAAGAGCAAGUUCUUGGAGAUUUAUCUAUGACUCUAUGUGAUCCUUAUGCCAUAAACUUUUUAGCAACAUCGGCGAUUAAAAUUCUACAACACUUGAUUAAUACUGAAGGACUUCCAAGAGAUAAUACAAUUUUGAUCCUUUUAUUAAGAAUGUUGGCUCUUGGACUUAGUGCUUGGGUAAUGAUUGAUUCUCAAGAAUUCAAAGAGCCCAAACUUGACAGUCAGGUUGUUACAAAAUACCUACCUGCAUUAAUGUCAUUGAUGGUUGAUGAUCAAGUUCGAUCAUUGCAUAAUAAACUACCUCCUGAUGAGAGAGAGUCUGCUAUUACCACAAUUGAACAUUCAGGACCUCCCCCUGAUGCAUGUGAAGCUUACAUGAGAGAAAGUUCAGUAUGUGGCGUGUUAGCCAUGUACUACACGUUACACGCUGCAAAGUUUCGAGAUCGUGGAGCAUUAUUACGAAUUCUAAGCAUUUUAGGUAGUUGCAAAGAUGGACGUGCUUAUGAAGACCCAUUCUUACAUGCAUUAGUUGCUCUGUUAAUACAAUUACCUGAUGAAUUCCAAGGCGAGGACUUUAGUACGGUUUUGUUUGACGAAUUCUUCUUUGCUGGCCUAUCAAAGGAUAAUGUAACAAGACAUUUAUUAAAGUUGUUGUGGUAUAUUCAUCCGAAGUUACCAGAGACAAGAGUACAGACUUUAAUGAAGGCGUUACAACCAGGAACGCAACACAAUGAGUCUGUCCAUAAACUUUAUGAAACUAUGCAGCAAAAAAUGAAUGCUCAAGCUGAACCGGCACCGAGCACUAAUGAAAUGGAGUAUUUAGAUUCACCUUUAAUGAGCGUUCCUACACCAGCUCCAUAUCAUAUGUGAGAUUCGGCCUCAUCCCCUCAACAUAAAGAGGGUGUUGUAGAAGAAAGUGAAUCAUCUAAAGUGUAAGGCUGAGACUUUUUAAUUGUAGUUAGUUAAUUACCUAUAAUUAUGUAUAGUAGUUAAAAGUCAGGACAAAUAUCUUUAUUGUAUGAAUAGCCUUUUUGAACAAUUUGACAUUUCUUUGGUUGCAUUAUCGAGUAUUCUCAUGAAGUAGGUAUAAGUGAAUACAUUUUGGUGGCGAUACUGCAAAGAGUCCAUACAAAUUAUUAUAAUUACAUUCUUCAUACAUAUGUAAGUAUUUUUUAUAGCAAAUUGCUUUCUCCUUGUGACAACCAUAUGACUGUAAUUUGAUUAAGGAAAUAACAAAUCAUUCUAUAAAAUCACUGUA